AUGAAAGAAUCAGAAAACAAUAAUACGAAGACCAUUGAUGCAGAAAUUCGCAAUCUUUGGUCAGAGAGUAUUAAUUACCGCGAUCAACGUCAAAAAUCUAACGAUGAAAUUUAUGAUUUUAUUAUUGUUGGGGCUGGAACUGCCGGAUGUGUAUUAGCAAGAGAACUGAUUUAUAAUGUUCCCAACGUUAAUAUUUUGGUAUUAGAAGCUGGUCCACCGAAUGCUCAAGUUAAUGAUAUAAUGCGUUUACCUUGUACUUUUACUGCGGCUUUUCGAGCAAGUGAAGUAGAUUGGGGAUAUCUAACAGAAGAUCAAAAAAUGCCCAGCAUUACCGAACCUACAAAAGAAGUAUUAAAUAAAGGGUUCACUUACCCACGUGGUAAGGUCAUUGGAGGAUGCAGUACUGUAAAUGCAAUGGUUUAUAUACGAGGUCAAAAGGCUGAUUACGAUAGUUGGGUGGCACAAGGUCCUGAAUACAAAAUUUGGGAUUACGAUCAUUGUCUUGAGGCCAUGGAAAACAACGCGCGUGAAACCCCUGACGAAGAAUUUAAGAAGUAUCACGGGUUCAAUGGCCUACUUCACGUUCAAGAUAGUCCAACUGAUACUUACGAGGUUACAAAAGAUUUCAUUAAAGUUGCAAAUAACCUUGGCAUUCCUUGUAAUAAAGACUUCAAUGGUGCUAGACAAAAUGGAGUAGGAAAAUAUCAGGCAUUAGGACGCCCUUAUGGUUUAGCUUCCGGCGUUGCAAAGAUCAUUGCUGUUAAUGUUAAAUCUUGUGCCCACAUGCUAAGUAUUAUUUGGGAUGAAGAAAAGGAAGAUGAAAAUAUAGCUAUUGGCGUUAAGUAUUUCUGCAAUGGUGGAGUUCGUAAUGCUUACAUUGCUCCAAAGGGAGAAGUAAUUAUUUGUGGUGGUGCUAUUAAUAGCGCUCAGAUUUUAAUGCUAUCAGGAAUCGGUCCAAAAAAUAAUUUGGAAGCAAAUAAUAUCAAAGUUCGUAAAGAAUUACCAGUUGGACGUAAUCUACAGGAUCAUCCUUUAUGUAUGGUUACUGGGAAAAUUUCUAUUCCAAAUAAUACCUCUCAAUUUCAUACUUGGUGUAGUGGAAUUAAGCUUGGAAUGAUUUAUAAAGGAAAUGACAAAGGAAAAAUUCCUAGUCAUGAAGAAUUCCUUGAUGAACAUCCCGAUAUUCAAUCUUAUGGUAAUGCCGGUCACCUGGAAUUAUGUAGUUCCAAUUCAUUUAUACAACCAAAAAUAUUUCUCAAUUAUUACGAAAAACCUGAAGAUUUGUAUAGAAUGAUGAGCUCUUUAAAAUUAUCACGUGAAAUUCUUAAACAACCUCCAUUAAGUACUGUAUGGGGCAUGAAAGAACUUGGGUUUAAUGAUGAAUUUGGAAAAUGGUGUAGUGUGGACGAAGAGAUGA